AUCAUCAUGUUGUCGAGAAGUCAAGAAAGCAGGCUCAAAUAGCAGAAGAACUGUCUGCAAGAAUAUUGUACGGGCAUAACUGCUUUGAAAGAUUAGGCAUAGUUUUUUUAUUAUUGUUACCAAAGGCAACGUGUAUACAUUUUGUGCGAAAAACUCGCAAAUAAACCUUAUGUACUAGUCAACCCGAUUUCAGAAAAGGUGUUUAGUCCACAGCUGACUUUCAGGCUCUGCGCCCUAUACAUUGAAUUACUCCGAUUUAAACUGUAAAGUGUUACUGCGAACUUUGUCCAAGAAAGAAGCCACGGCACAAGUGAGCGCACUUCAGUGUUUUUCCGAAACCAGCGAAAAGCGGACUUACAUUGCGGAUUGUCAGCCUUCGAUAUUUGCCAGAAUGGUCUUAGCAGAUUUAGGACGGCGCAUUACCAGCGCCCUCCGGAACCUCUCGACGGCCACUGUCAUCAACCAAGAGGUUCUUGAUUCUAUGCUUAAGGAGAUCUGCGCUGCUCUACUCGAAUCGGAUAUCAAUGUUCGCCUGGUUAAACAGCUGCGUGAGAAUGUUAAAGCAGCUAUCGACAUUGACGAGAUGGCCGUUGGUUUGAAUAGGCGUAAGGUGGUACAGUCUGCAGUAUUUAAAGAGUUGGUGAAACUUGUCGACCCCGGUGUAAGAGCGUGGCAGCCCUCGAAAGGUCGCAGUAAUGUGAUAAUGUUUGUCGGAUUGCAAGGAUCGGGAAAAACAACAACGUGUACUAAGCUUGCCUAUUAUUAUAUGAAGAAGGGUUGGAAAACUGCACUUGUCUGCGCUGAUACAUUCCGUGCUGGAGCCUUUGAUCAACUCAAGCAGAAUGCUACCAAGGCUCGAAUUCCCUUCUACGGUAGCUAUACUGAGGUGGAUCCUGUCGUGAUCGCAGCAGAUGGUGUAUCGAAAUUUAAAGCUGAACAUUUUGAGAUAAUCAUCGUCGAUACGUCGGGACGUCAUAAACAAGAGGAUUCUUUAUUUGAAGAAAUGCUUGAGGUAUCAAAUGCUGUUAGUCCAGACAAUGUAAUCUUCGUUAUGGAUGCGUCAAUUGGUCAGGCUUGCGAGUUGCAGGCGCGUGCCUUUAAAGAAAAAGUCGAUGUUGCUUCGGUGAUUAUUACCAAAUUGGACGGUCAUGCUAAGGGUGGUGGUGCUUUGAGCGCGGUUGCCGCUACGAGAUCGCCAGUAAUCUUCAUCGGUACUGGAGAGCAUAUCGACGAUUUUGAACCAUUUCGUGUGAAACCGUUCAUUCAGAAACUUCUUGGUUUGGGUGACAUUGAGGGCCUCAUUGACAAGGUCAAUGAACUAAAGCUCGACGAGAACCACGAGCUUAUCGAAAAGCUCAAGCAUGGAGAAUUCACCCUGCGCGACAUGUAUGAACAGUUCCAGAACAUCAUGAAGAUGGGACCUUUUAACCAGAUCAUGGGCAUGAUUCCUGGGUUUAGCGCCGAUUUCAUGUCUAAGGGAAAUGAACAGGAAUCGAUGGCUCGGCUCAAGAGGCUCAUGACAAUGAUGGACUCAAUGACGGAUGAAGAACUUGAUGAUCGAGAAGGCGCAAAACUCUUCGCCAGGCAGCAAACGCGGAUUACAAGAGUGGCCCGAGGGUCUGGUUGUUCCACGUUUGAAGUGCACGAAUUAUUGAACCAGUACACAAAGUUCGCAGCAAUGGUCAAGAAGAUGGGCGGCAUGAAAGGACUUUUCAAGGGCAAUGAUCUUGCACGUAACGUGAAUCCGGCUCAAAUGAAUAAAUUGAGCGCCGAAAUGGCUAAGAUGAUCGAUCCUCGUGUUCUUCAACAAAUGGGUGGUUUUUCAGGCAUUCAAAACAUGAUGCGUCAAAUGAAUGCGAGCGGCAAACGUGGAGGUGGCUUUCCCAUGUAAAGUUUAGAAUAGCUUUCCAACUGUGCUAUAGUGGCAUCAAAGCCGCGCAAAAGGAGUGGUCGACUGAUCGGCUGUCUGCGCAUUCGUAGGUAUUAGCCUCGGAAGCCUUUGCAACGCGGAAUGUCUAUAUACGACAGUAGAAUGCGUGGAUGACUAUGUAAAUAAACUUUCCGUGGUAAUAUUUACUAGCGGUCUUAUGGUUGACAUGAUAAGUAAAUAAACGUGUGGUAUGUUUGUUUUAGGUUACAGAGAUUAUUUGUACUAGAGCAACAUCAUUUUGUGUUUGUUUUUUCUUAACGAAGUUAUAGUUUUAUUCUAAAAUUCUUUGCGCGUGUAGUUUACACAUGUAGUACACAAGGACUCAAGUUUUAAACGGGCUUUCGACCGUAAACCAGCGCGCAUUUAAGACUUAGUUGUGUUGAGAUAAUAUUCCACUCGUAUCGGUAAAACUUUCCCGUUUUUAAAGGUUACUAUUUUGGCACGGUGAGGAUCAAUUUCGACCAUAAAUAUCAUAGAGGAGAUUAGAAUGAUAUAUGCGGUGCUAAAAAUGUGUAUUUGUUAGUCCCAAAUUUAUUUCACUUAAUCCGAUCUAAAAGAGAGGAAUUAACUAAUGUAACUAAUGUAAUUUUUGCUGAUUUUGAUUAUAUUUUCGCAGGUUUCGAUUUUGCUAGUAAAUCAAUUUGGUUUUGCAGUUGCUGCGGCAUCAUACCAUGAUUCAAGUAGGCGUGGAAUUUCGAUUUUGCAUUUUUGAAUUGUGUAUUAGCCUUUGAUGAUUUUGACCUGCAUUUCAGAAGAUGGAACUUUCCUCAAAUUAUUUUUUACUAAUUUAAGAGCUCGCCGGACUCGUACUAAAUAUUUUUCCACGAUACCUUCUACAAACAAUGAUUAAUAUUACUGCCAAAAAAGUUUCAGUUAAGGUUUGUUUACUGUAUUAUUAUUUCCACGACCGUUAUCUCCAAUAUUACGUUUGAGUAAUUAAACGCGAUAUAUUAAUCGAUUGAAUCAAUUCGUAACAAGUAACUGUAAACAGAGAACAUGCCUUAAUUAUACAGUCUAGUAUGCAUGGAUCCUGGCUUGUUACAACCACCGUUUUUAAGAAUGUAUAUUUAAUUAAAUUGCUUAAUUCGAGUGGAACAUAAUAAAAAUGAAAAUGAGGCGCCCAUCGAGCGAACUAAAAUGUUACAAAGAGAACCUCGUUUGCGAAACUAGUGCCGCGUUAUCGUGUCUGUUGUGUACGACCUUCGUGUUCAGAGACGCAUACGAAAAUAUUCUCCACACGAUCUCUACUGCAGUUCGUCUUCUUGAUAUCCAGUUUUUAAAACUCUCUUUACAAAUUUCGUUUGCCACUUACCGUCAGGGCGAAAUUUAGAGACUAGGGUGGCUUCAACAGAACCUUCAAGUUUUUGCAGCGCGGUUUACCAUAUGUGGCAUGAUAUGGACAUGACAAGUAAUAACUUGCCAUGCAACUGCGUCAUACACAUCUUUGUCGAGCUUUCCGCACAUCUCAGUCAUUCCUUAACAUACCUUUUUAUACAUUUAGUACCCUUCCUAUUCGACCAAACACAUUAAUUCCGCUGGUCUGUACCAACAUGGAGUCACCACUUUUCGUCACCCGCAAUAAUUAUGUAUCGAAACCUGUUAUUAUAAGGGACAUCGGAAAUCAGUGAGAAGCAUGCGCUUCAUUUGUGAGCAUCCAAGUUUCUAAUUUUUAGUAAAAUGAUGUGUAUUCAAAGUGCCUGUUAGUAUCUGCAGCUUGUCCUCACGGCCAAUUAGCUAGCCGCUUGUCUUUUAACGUCCUUAUCGACUUUGGGUAGUUAACGGGGUGAGCCACAUCUUUCAAGUCCGAGAUUCCAUAUCUGAACUCUUGAAAUUCCUUCGGCCAGUCCUCUAAGAUAGUGUCCUUACUGCACAUGGCACAACUAUUUCAGGCUGCUUCAACAGCUUUUCGAUCUUGAUAAAAGGCGAGAUAGAAGCAAGUAGACGAUGGAAAGGUAAAAAAGAAAGGGAACAUCAAAGAGAAACAACUUUUGCUUAUAUUCUAACCGAAUAUGUACAAGCUGGAGCAUUUAAAUUCAAACUUUUUCUUUUGAAUUAUUUCUAAGACUGUAUCUUAAGAUAAAUAUUUCAACGAAACAUUUUACGUUAGAAAUACCAUUUUAAUGGCUAUGCGUGUCCAAUACAACCACUAUCCACUGCGAUGAUGGUUUUAUUUCGGAACCUAAACCCCUAACUAAAGGAAUAGUUUCAAAAUAUUCCUUUUCUAAUCCCCAAAGAAAUGUUUAAUAUAUAACUGUGUGUCAAAAAAUCUUAGCGGGUGUAAGUUUGUUAUUACGCGCUCAAACAUGCUGCAUACAAAAUAUUUUAGCGAAAUUAAGUGUUGGGCUGAUAGAAGGCUGAACGCACCAAAAUGCAAGAGUUUAAAAUGGACAAAAAUGAAGAACAUCCUAGAAAAACUAGCCGUUGGAGUUUACCUAGAUGGAUUAAUUGGUAUUUCAUACUCUCCUACCUAGAAAGGUCACUCAUUCUUGUAUCAAAAGCCCAGGAGUAUUAAAAAUAGCUCUUUGAGCUUUUCUAAUGAAUUCCCAAAUCCUUUGAAUUUAAAUCCAGUUGGGAAUCUUCCAGUGUGUCUCAUGAAAAGCUUCCUCUGGCCUUUUAGAAGCUACUGGAAGAAGAACUGGCAACAAUGUAGAUCGCUGAUUUUGGGUAGGAAAAAAGUUGGUAACUUAGGCUGAGGUUUCCCCAGUGCGGGAAGAUUGGAUACUCAGGUACCGAAAAUGAUGGAUUUAUCAUUUUAUUCCGGAAAGAACUGAUUUUCUUCCGAUACCAAAAACAGCAGAUGAAUGCAUGUUAAAUUUGGGUGCCCUAUAUUGUAAACGUAUUGUGAAGAAGUAAGUAGAGGCAGCACAAAAGUAAUCAUAAAAGUUUUUCAGUGUUUUUACAUUUAACAAUCUUUAUAUAUUAGCAAACUAAAAUUACUCAAAUAUGGAUGUAAACAAAAACAGCUAACUUCUGUCUUCUCUGUAGUCAAUGUUGUUCGUCAGAAACGUCAAUAACAAUAAAUAUGUGUACCACCUUGAGUUUCUGUUUAAAUCAAAGCAUGUCCACAAUCCGAGUGAAAUUCUAAAACUAAUUGCAAGUAAUCAAUUGUUAGGGGAAGAAUAUUUUCCCUAAGAACAGAGACCCUACAUACAUCGCGUACAAUGAACUGUUCAAUAAAUUGUGAUCUAUUGUCGAUUCAGUUAGGUAUAAACUUAUCGCAGACAACAGAAUACAUAUUGAUAUACGCAGAUUUAUGGUUAGAUAUACGCAGAUUACAUAUUGAUCUCUCAUACGGUUCAUAUAUUCUUCGGCCUGUAAACUUCUUUUAUAGUUUCUAACUGACUUAUGACUUAUUUAGAGAGAUUAUGUAAUUUUUUAAUUUUUUUAGUUACUUUAUUGGGUCACAUAGUACCACAACCAAGAAACGUAUUCUCUAACUUUAAUCGUAUCAUGGCUGCGCAGAAAAGUGGUCCUUAUUAUUUGUUUUAGUAUCACGAAUUAGACUCGGUCUACGAACUGCUAUCCAUGAACAGUAUGCCAAAAUAAUUUAUCCCAUGUAUUAGUUGUUAUCGGUCACCACGGAACUUUUAUAAAACUGAAACGAAUGUUUUCCUCGCAAUAACUAUCAAUAACUAUGUUCCAGAGAAUUAUGAAAGAAAGCUUAUAUUAAUUAGUAUUAAUAAGCAGUCGUCUUCGAUUCUACCUUCGCUUUUACGAUGGCACAUAAAUCAAAACUUCUUUCAGUAGCUCUAGACCAUAAGAAUGACAAACUAAUGCUACAAUCUUCUAAGUAGUCUUAAACUGAACUCCAUAUAAAUUACCAUUUGGCGCACCCUAUCAACAAAUGGCACAAUCAAUAUAAUCGAAGCACCUGAGACUAGCUCAUCGCCACUGGUGUUUUUUAGUAUAAAGGGUAUAUUGUUUAUAUAAUAAUAGUUCGCAGAUUUAUCAAACCAUCAUGGCUAAAACGUUAAUGAUAAUAAAAUUAUCAGUUCAUGAGUACUAUGUAUUCAACAUAUUUUCGCAUCUUUAUCAACGUUUUUGUAUUAAACCAAAGCUAAGCAUUAAAGGGAAAGAAGUGCCUUGUUCUCAGUACUGAAAGAUAUUCACAAAAAUCCAAAUACGCUGACAGGUUUUACUUCUACUUCAUUUUAAAAUAAUCAAACGUUGUUUUAAAAUGAGGCAAACAGAUAUCUGCAAAUCCUUUGCAAAGUUUGGUCUGAAAACCAAUAUAGACACGAGUAAAGGCGGCCAGUCAUAUGUAUUUAUAUAUAUUAUUUGAUAUAUUUAUUUCAGCUGCUGUCGCUGCGUAAAUUCGUCAUUUAAAUGUAUUUCGCAGGUGACGGAUUUAUUUAAAAUUAUACCGCGAGUGAGUCAUGCAUAGGGACGUCGUUACGAAAUUGUACGAAAAUUUUGCAUUUGAAAGCGCUAAAUUGUGAUAAUUAAUGACCCCAAAAAUGUAUUCAGUUGUAACUUCACGUUUUAAUUUAUUAAUGUCAGCUGCGCAAAUGUAAAGGUACAAUAUUACUCUUAUAUAUCAGACAGUUUUUACAGAAACUGGCAGCAAUCCAUAAGCUGAAAAUUUCUAAAAUUCAAUAUUAGGUGCAACUGUGUACUUUUACCAAUUUACUGGUUAAUGCUUAAGUUAAAAGAAGAGAAGCUCAAUGUAAAAUUCCGUAAAGCGACGUAUCUAUUUAAAUAAGAAUUUACUGAUUGGAAAUCGAAUGUUAUCGAAUCGCAUAUAUGCGAUUUUUUCUUUAGUAAGUCAUACUAUAGCU